AUUCACCGUCGAUAAUCCUCAUUGCAUGUGCUGUGUGACUGCCAGGGGAUGAAAACUAGCUUCCCCUCUUUUCCUCUCCCUUUUCUUUCUCACCUCUGUUCUCUCUUCUCUCCUCUUCUCUCCUCUCUUUAACACUCACAAGCACUAACCCAACCCGCCAUCUCAGCUUUGUGUCUCCCCCCCCCUGCAUUUAACUAUUUUUUACUAUCAUUUGAUAUAAGUCCAUUACUACCAUGCAGCUGGCCCUCGGCACCCGCGUGCUGCCGUGGCUGCCGCUGCUCUGGCAGUCACCGUCGCCGCCCCAGCGCUUGCCCCAGCCCUGCGCCAACCUGUCGCUGCCGCUGAUCCCCGACGCCGAGAUCGUGUCCAUCACCAGCCGCGAAGUCCACAACUACACCCUCCCCCAGUUCCCCGGCCAGCAGCUGAGCUUCUGUGACGUCAACAUCACCCUCACCCAUACUGACGCUGACGAGGCUGAAUACAAUGACUUCGCGCACGUCUCCGUCUGGCUUCCCCUGAACGCCACCGACUGGAACGGCCGCUUCCAAGCCACCGGCGGCGGCGGACUCGCGGCAGGAUUCCCAUCAGGGCCUUUGCAGAUCCUAGCCGUCAGCCAGGGCUACGUCGCUGCAGCCACGGACGGCGGCCUGACCCUGAACGGAACCAUCGACCCCCAGUCCGGCAGCUGGGCUCUCCGUCCCGACGGCUCGCUGAACACCGCCUUACUCGACAACUAUGCGCAUCGCUCCACCCACGACCUCGCUGUUAUCGGGAAGAUCCUCACCGAGAGGUUCUACGGUAAACCGCCCACUUACUCCUACUUCAGGGGCUGCUCGACCGGCGGCAGACAGGGAUAUUUUGCGGCCGCGCUGUAUCCGAGGGAUUUCGAUGGGAUUUCGGCGGCUGCCCCCGGCAUUAACCUUCCUCAUUUGUUUGGAACGUUCUUCUGGCCGCCUAUUCUGAUGAUGCAUGGGGUUGUGCCGCCGCAGUGUGUUUUCGAGGUGUUUCAAAAGGCCGUCGUUGAGAAGUGUGAUCCGCUGGAUGGGGCGGUAGAUGGGUUGAUUUCUAAUUAUCUUCCGGAAGCGUGUCAGUUUGAUCCCGCGGUGCUGGUUGGUAAGACCGUUGAUUGCGAGGAGACCAAGUCGACUGUUACCAUCACACCGAAACAUGCAAGGCUGGUUCAUCAGAUUCUAAAAGGCCCUCAUCUCUCUGAUGGCCGCAAGCUGUGGCACGGCCUGGCCCCUGGGGCGUCCUUCCGCGGCAUUGCCAACACGGUUGCUCGCAACGGGAGCGAUAUCAUGACCAUCAAACCCUUCGGUCCCAUUGUCGGCUGGACCAAGAACUUCGUGUUCCAAGACCCGACCUACGAUGUCUUCGCCAUGGAUUUUGUCGACUUUGACGUUGCCGCGAUCCUUUCCAUCGCCAAGUUCCGCGGCAUUCUCGGCUCCGAAGACCACCGUUUGUUUGGCUUCCAGCGCGCCGGCGGGAAACUGCUCUCGUGGCAUGGCCUGGCGGAUGAGAUUAUUCCUUCGUCGGGGACCGUGACGUUUCGCCAAUGGGUCGAGGAAGAUGUUGGGGGCCCCGAAGUCGCGGAUGGCUUCUAUCGCUUGUUUCUGGCUCCCGGCGUGGGUCACUGUGGGGGAGGGUAUGGGCCGGUUCCGACGGAGGAGAUGGAGGCGUUGGUUCGUUGGGUCGAGGAGGGCAGGGCGCCGGAUACACUUGCUGCGGAGAUCGUGGAUUCGGCAGGCGAGAAGGUGUCGCGUCAGCUGUGUCGCUAUCCGGAUGCACUGGUGUAUGAUGGUCAUGGCGAUGUCAAGCUGGCUAGUAGCUUUCACUGUGGGUCGCUCGAUGGCUGAUCGUGUUGGAUCGCGGUCAGGAAAGGGUGUUCUGUAAACUAGUCCCGAUAUGAUUCUUGAG